GGCGGGCCCGUGGAAAUCCUGCCGUUCCUGUACUUGGGGAGCGCCUAUCACGCCUCCCGCAAGGACAUGCUGGACGCUUUGGGCAUCACGGCGCUGAUCAAUGUCUCGGCCAACUGCCCCAACCACUUCGAGGGGCACUACCAGUAUAAAAGUAUCCCCGUGGAGGACAACCACAAGGCGGAUAUCAGCUCCUGGUUCAACGAGGCGAUCGAUUUCAUCGACUCGGUGAAGAGCGAGGGAGGAAGGGUCUUUGUGCACUGCCAGGCUGGCAUUUCCCGCUCAGCCACCAUCUGCCUUGCUUAUCUCAUGAGGACCAACAGAGUCAAACUGGACGAAGCCUUCGAGUUUGUCAAGCAGAGGAGAAGCAUCAUCUCCCCGAAUUUCAGCUUCAUGGGGCAGCUGCUGCAGUUCGAGUCGCAGGUGCUGGCCCCCAACUGCUCAGCAGAGGCCGGGAGCCCUGCGAUGUCAGUGCUGGACAGAGGGGCCUCCACCACCACCGUCUUCAACUUCCCCGUCUCCAUCCCAGUCCACACCACGUCCAGUGCUCUAAACUACCUUCAGAGCCCCAUCACUACUUCCCCGAGCUGCUGAAGAAGCAGCUGAAGAACGUGGCCAGGACUCAGACUUGCUGUCUCAAGUGCAAUAAGGACAGGGACAGUGUCACUUGUGUUUUGUGGGGAGCUGUUGGUGCACCCCAGGACGGUGUCCAUGGAGAGGAGCUCGCCCAGUGCCAGAGAAACCAGGUCUUUCUGACUUCUCAACAAAUGUCUGGAUGUCUGCACAGAGAUCAAAGGACACUGGCUCUUCCUGAGCUGUCCCUCCUUGUCUUCUGUCUGUCCCAAGCCUGCUCCAUGUUUAGUAGCAUGCUCACCAGUAUUCCCAUUCCUGGACACUUUGAGCAACACUGAUGCUGUCCCCUUUUAUAUGACAGUCCUAUUUAUUUAUUUUUACAUUAGUGCAUUGUUGUUGGGUUUUUGUUCUUUUUUUUUUUUUUUUUUUUUUUUGCCUUCACAAACGUAAAGUUUCAGUUCUAGAGAAACCAAAUACCUCAGUAUUUUUUGGUACAAUAAUCCUGUGUGUGUAUAUCUGUCAGCUCUUCUUGUUUCCCAAGCACUGACAUGAAAGCACCAGGCGAGUGCUUUUGAGUUGCCAAGGGUUGUAUGUUUGCUGAUUUAUUUAUGAUGUGAAAUAAUAUAUUUCUUCUUAUGAAGACAUAGUUUUGUUACAUGAUUAUAACUUUUUUUAUACCAAACGGAAUAAAUUAUGAUAUUUCUAUUCA